AUGGGCCUGAUCGACUUCAUCAAGGACAUCCUCCGGCCCGGCAACGGGGUCGACUACCCCCAGGCCGGCGACAUGGUGACGGUGCACUACCACGGCUACCUCUACGACCCGACUCGGUCGCGCAAUCGGGGCGUCGGUAUGUUCGACAGCAGCAUCAAGCGGGGAUACCCCUUCACCUUCCGGAUCGGGAUGGGCACGGUCAUCAAGGGAUGGGAGGUGGGAAUCCUGGGGAUGAGUCUUGGGGAGAAGGCCUAUCUCACCUUCGGCCCCCAGUACGGGUACGGCGAGAAGGGCGCCCCCCCGUUCAUUCCCGGCAACUCGCCCCUGGUCUUCCAGGUGGAACUGCUGGCCAUCAAUGGUCGGACCAUGCUGUCCGACGACUCGGACUGA